AUGCCGUCUUCUCGAAGCGCCUGGCUGCUCUUUCUGGCUUUGGGCCUGCCUGUACUCCAGGUGCUUAGAGACCAAGGCAUCAGUCCAGUUCGCCGGUACACGCUCGAGAAGCGAUUCGGUGUUUGUAGGGUCCCUAACCAACGCAAGGGCUGUGUGAUUUGGGGAUCGGAAGCAUGCUGUCGGGAUUGUUGCAUAGAAUAUUAUAACGAUAGAGCUCCUGCAAGCUGGGGCGCUGAUUCAGAACACCCACGCACACCCACAUACUCGCUCAGGAUGGGGAACAACCCUUCGAAGAAACUCCGGACGAAGCUCAGAGAACGCGAACCAUCGACAACUGACGACCAGCAGCCGCAGAGCGAGCAGGAAAACAACGAGCAAUACCCAGCACCCCACCACCACCAGCAUCAGCAUCAGCAUCGAAAGAACACCUCGGUCAGCGAAUCAACCACCAACCACCACCACCAGCCAACCCCAUCCUCAUCAUCAAACCAGCCACCAACAGCAGCCGAAAACACUCCAAACGACCAUCCACACCCAAAUCCAAACGAACCCCAGCAGCAGCAGCAGCAGCAGCAGCAGCAGCAACCCAACACCGACAACACCCCCACCAUCCUCGCUAACUCAUCCGUCGCCAGGAACAGCAACCACCAGCCCAACGGAUUCGCCGGCUCAGCAUCCACGCCCUCAAACCAGCCGUUCGACAUCGAUGAGAUCAUCAACCGCCUGCUCGACGUCGGAUACUCGACCAAGAUCACCAAGUCUGUCUGUCUCAAAAACUCCGAGAUCACUGCCAUCAGUCUCGCCGCACGGGAAGUGCUCCUCAGCCAACCCACGCUCAUCGAACUCAGCCCGCCCGUCAAGAUCGUCGGCGACGUACAUGGACAGUACUCCGACCUCAUCAGACUCUUCGAGAUGUGCGGAUUCCCGCCCAUGGCCAACUAUCUCUUCCUAGGCGACUACGUCGAUCGCGGCAAACAGAGCCUCGAGACCAUCCUCCUGCUCCUCUGCUACAAGAUCAAGUACCCCGAAAACUUCUUCCUCUUACGCGGCAACCACGAAUGUGCCAACGUCACAAGGGUAUAUGGAUUCUAUGACGAAUGCAAGAGACGAUGCAACAUCAAAAUCUGGAAGACGUUUAUCGACGUCUUCAACUGUCUGCCGAUCUCGGCCGUGGUGGCCUCCAAGAUAUUCUGUGUCCAUGGGGGGCUGUCGCCCUCGCUGUCGACGAUGGACGACAUCCGCCGGAUCCAACGGCCGACCGAUGUCCCCGACUUCGGCCUGCUCAACGACCUCCUCUGGUCCGAUCCCUCGGACACCGCCACCGAUUGGGAAGAUAACGAACGCGGCGUGUCCUACUGUUUCGGCAAAAGCGUCAUCGCUGAGUUCUUGACUAGGUACGACUUCGAUCUUAUUUGUAGAGCUCAUAUGGUCGUCGAAGAUGGCUACGAGUUUUGGAAUGAACGGACAUUAGUGACGAUAUUUUCGGCACCCAACUAUUGUGGAGAGUUUGAUAAUUUCGGGGCAGUGAUGAGCGUAUCUGAAGAUUUGCUUUGCGCGUUCGAGCUGUUGAAGCCGUUGGAUGGAGCGGCAUUGAAGAAAGAGAUGCAGAAGAAGAAGCGUACUAGUUCUGUGUCUGGAGGCUAG